GCACAAGUGCAAGCCAAUCACUUCAUUAGCACCUGAAGAGAACGCAAGAGCAAACACAAGCGUGCUCUGCAGAGUCAGCUGCGUGUCUGUGUGUGGAAGCCUCUGGGACAUACUGCUUUAACAUGAGAAAGGAGAGCAGGUUGAUUCGGUGGAUCUGGUGGAUUGUGGUUGUGGCAGCUUUGUUUUUUCUGGGCUUCGUCAUAGGCUGGUUUGCAAAGCCCUCACAUGCAAACAAUGUGAACAGCAGUGCUUCCAGCAAGUAUUUGAAGGAGUUUCUGGAUGAAAUGCAGCCGGACCAGAUCAGAGAGCAUCUCAGGAAAUUUACACGACUCCCCCACCUGGCUGGGACAGAGCAGAACCUGAGAUAUGCAGAACAGAUCAAGAAAGAGUGGCUGGAGUUUGGACUGGACUCAGUGGAGAUGGUGCCCUAUGACGUCCUGUUGUCCUACCCCAACAAAUCACAACCAAAUUACAUCUCAAUAGUUGAUCGGUUUGGCAAUGAGGUUUUUAACACUUCCUUAGCUGAGCCAGUUCCAGAGGGUUAUGAAGAUGUUUCUAACAUUGUGCCUCCAUACAGUGCCUUCUCUGCAAAAGGACAACCUGAGGGGGAUUUGGUGUAUGUGAAUUAUGGUCGUACGGAAGACUUUUUUCAGCUUGAGAGAGAGAUGGGCAUCAACGUAACAGGGAAGAUUGUCAUUGUCAGAUAUGGGAAAAUAUUCAGAGGUAAUAAGGUGAAGAAUGCCAUGUUAGUCGGUGCAAAGGGGAUCAUUAUGUUCUCAGACCCAGCAGAUUACUGGGCUGCCGGAGUCCAGCCCUACCCUGAUGGCUGGAAUCUACCUGGUGGAGGAGCUCAAAGAGGAAAUGUUCUCAACCUGAAUGGAGCAGGAGACCCACUCACACCAGGGUACCCUGCUAAAGAAUAUACCUACAGAUUCAGCCUUGAUGCUGGAGUGGGACUCCCCAAGAUUCCUGUGCAUCCAAUUGGCUUCCAAGAUGCAGUUCACCUGCUGAGGAAAAUGGGAGGACAGAUUCCACCCAACAACUGGAAAGGAGCUCUGGAUGUCUCCUACAGGAUUGGUCCAGGCUUUACGGAUGACUUCAAGAGCCAGAAAGUGCGGAUGAACAUCUACACUAACAACCAGGUAACCAGGAUCUACAACGUCAUUGGCAGAAUUAGAGGAGCUCUGGAGCCAGACAGGUAUGUGAUUCUGGGAGGACAUCGGGAUGCCUGGGUGUUUGGAGGAAUUGAUCCCAUGUCUGGUGUUGCAGUCGUCCACGAAACAGUCAGGAGCGCUGGCAGGCUGCUCAGUAAAGGUUGGAGGCCUAGGAGAACUAUAAUAUUUGCCAGCUGGGAUGCAGAGGAGUUUGGACUGCUGGGAUCCACAGAAUGGGCAGAGGAUAAUGCUAAGCUGCUGCAGGAGAGAGCUGUGGCCUACAUCAAUGCAGACUCUGCCAUUGAGGGCAUGUACACAUUGAGGGUUGACUGCACUCCGUCUUUACACACUUUGGUUUACGACCUCACUAAGCAGAUAGCCAGUCCAGAAGAGGAAGAGGUAGGAGUUUCUCUGUACGAGAGUUGGCAUAAGAGGGAUAACUGGACGAAUGACCGUGAUGCACCAAGGAUAAGUAAACUCGGGUCAGGCAGUGAUUUUGAAGCCUAUUUUAUCCGUCUGGGAAUUGCUGCAGGCAGAGCCAGAUACACCAAGAACAAGGACUCCAGUGUCCUCUGUGUGUUUGUGUGCAUUCAGAAAACAGAGCGGUACAGCAGUUAUCCAGUCUAUCACAGUGUGUAUGAAACCUUUGAGAUAGUGCAGAAGUUUUACGACCCCUCCUUCAAGAGACUUCGGGCGGUGGCCCAGGUGAGAGGCGGACUCAUCUUCCAAUUGGCCGAUUCCCAGGUCCUUCCUCUUGAUGUCAAUGAGUAUGCAGACUCACUGAGGAAGUACGCACAGAGCAUCGCACAGUUGGCACAGAAGCACCCAGAGGAGAUGAAGAUGUUUGAUGUGUCGUUUGAUUCCUUGUUUUCUGCUGUCGAGAACAUGACCUUUGCAUCCAGGGACUUCCAUGAGCGCCUGCAGGCUCUCAACAGAGCAGAUCCUCUGCAGGUACGUGUCAUGAAUGAUCAGCUCAUGUAUCUGGAGAGAGCCUUCAUAGACCCCCUGGGCUUACCUGGCAGACCCUUCUACAGGCAUGUGAUUUUUGCUCCCAGCAGCCAUAACAAAUAUGCUGGGGAGUCUUUCCCUGGGAUCUAUGAUGCAUUGUUUGACAUCGAGAACUCAGACGACCCAGGGAAGUCCUGGGAGGAAGUCAAGCGUCAAAUCAGCAUUGCAGCAUUCACCGUUCACGCUGCUGCUAUGACUCUAACACCACCUGCAUGAAGCACACGCAGUCUAAAGUCAUGUGACUGAGCUAUCUGUUUACACUUAUGUUAUAACACCAGAAUGUGAAGAGAGAGAAUACACUUCCUGUAACACAUGCAGAGAUGGACAAUCACUGUUAUCUUAACCUGUCAUGUUCCAGGAACGUCCAGAGCUCAGUAAUACAGUGAAUCUCUGGGCGCCAUCACCAUAUAUAUAGAAAUUACAAAACUGUCUUUUUACUCUUAAAUUCUAAUUUGUAAUGUGGCUUCAGUAAAGUAAUAUGUUUUUUUUGCUGUUUUGUAAUAAUUCAAUCAGAAAUGAAUCCAUUCUUUACAUGUGGGCUGAAAACAGCUGAUAUGUUGUGCAUGUAAUAUGUAAAAAUGUGACAUGUGACUGAAAUGUUUUAUUUUCAUCCAUGCUGUGAUUUUUUUUCUUUAAUUUCCUUGAAGACACAGUACUUUUGCACACACCCAAAAACAUAUAAUGUUAAGCCUGAAUGAACAGGUUAGUGGUAAAAGUUAUAAUCUUUAAAAUGUUCAUGUUGUGAACUGAACAGUUUGCCUUUGUGCAACAAAGACUUAACAAGAAUGUUUUUGUAAUUUAUUUUGUGACCUCCAAGGACUCUUUAACAGGCUGAAUAAAAAAAGAGUAACUGAAUGCAAGCUAAAAUACACAGUGCACAUCGUCCAGUCCAGAAACAUUUAUUUCACUAUUGAACAACAGUAACCAAUUUAAGAGAUGCAAAAAACACACUGAAAAGUGUGCCCUGGUCCUUAUGUCUACACUGGAUAGAUGAACCAGCCAAUAAGACCGAAUGAUAUGCCUCACCACCAUUGCAUUAAAGCUACAAUAUGUUGCCAAUAUUACUGACUGUGACAGAGUCAUGAUGACUCGAGUCAUCAGUUGACAGCAAGAGGUCUCACCAUGCGCAAUGAGACGGGAGGCAAUCUGCUCAGAAAAAGACGAGCCGAGGAGGGACACUAGUGAGGUUCUAGAUGGCUCUGUAUGUUUGGCCUCUUCCUGUUGUUGACCCUGUAAGAGGGAGAGCAGGUCGAGGGGGCCCAAUGUGAUCGCCUCUGCCUUCUUAAGAGAUACCUCUAUCUUUGCCGCAAUCAGUUUCACUAAUAUUCUGUUCACCUUCACAGCCUGACAGAAUGAAUAAAAAUGCAUGCUCUUUG